AUGGUCUUGCUGAAACGCCCAUUAGCGGUCCUAUGGCCAGCACUUGUCUUAGCACGGCAACCCCGAGAGCCGUCACCGCGAGGGACCAUCGAACUCGACCGAGGAACAGGCUUUAUUCACCAGGCUUGGGAUAUUAUUUCACCUGGGUUUGAGUAUGGAAAGUAUCGUAGCUACAACCGACACAUGACUAGCGUCCAGGCCGUCUUCCGAGCAGCUUUAUACAAGCACUGA